AUUAAUAAAUAUUCUUAUAAGACAAUACUAUUAUUUUUUACAAAAAAUAAAGAAGCACCUGUCUGUUCACUUAUUUAAAAACCGUAAUGUGUGGUACGGAUCACGUGUCUCCAUCUGAUGGUAGAUAUAAGAAUAGUGAUGCGUGUUUUUAAGGAGGGAGUAAUCUUUUUUUUCAUUUGAUGCCGUGACUGCGUGAAUACAAAAAAAUAAAAGUAUAAAAAUGGCGGACGACAAUGAGGAUCAGUGGUUAUACGGUGAUUCCAGUGAUGGAAAAGACAAUUUUCCAGCAGAUGAGCAAUCUAAGAAUAACAAAGAUUCGAUGUCUGUUGGAAAUCAAGAUGAAUUCCAAAAUUCUGAUACAAAUAAUGCUGAAAACAAUUUGGAAAGGUUUUCUGAAAAAACAGAUCCUGCGCCAGACGAUGAUUCUAUGGCUUUAAAUAAUGAGGAUUCUGAAAUGUCCUCGAAAGCCAAUGAAAAUGGCACAAAAGAGUCCACUAAUCAAGAAGACCCUGAUGCUGUUAGUGAUUCUGAUUCAGAUGAUGACGUUCACGUAGUAAUAGGAGAUAUAAAAUCAGCUCCAGCUUAUAAUAAUUUAAACAUCAAACGAAGUGGACUUUUAUCAAAUGCAUCUGGUAUACCAGAUAAGUUGAAUAAACAACCAGGAAAAUUUAGUAUAGAUGAGUUUGAAACAAUUGGAGUUAUAAAUGGUAUACCAGCGCAUGAAUUUAAUCUUGAUCAAUUAGAAGAUAAACCUUGGAGACAACCAGGUGCAGAUAUAACAGAUUAUUUCAAUUAUGGCUUCAAUGAAGACACAUGGAGAGCUUAUUGUGAACGUCAGAAAAGAAUGAGAAGUGAAUCUGGAGUAGGACUCGUAUUAAAUACUGGCACAAGUGGAAAUAGUUCGAUUAACGCACGAGUACCUCAAGUUGCAAUUACUAACGACAACAGCAAAUAUUCAGGAAUAAGUGGGCCUAAAAGAGCAGGACCUCCACCUGGUAGAAAAAUGGCUGGAACUAUUGAUGUGAUUGGUAGUUCAGGUUUGGCUUCCAGAAGAAAUGUUGAUAAAUCACCACCAAAGGAAAACGUUAUACAAGUGAUGACAGCUGACAGACGAGAAUAUUCAAGAAAACCAGGUUUUCCUGAUAUGAGUGUUCCUCCUCCUAAUCCUGGUAUACCACCUGCAUUUGAUAUUCCUCCACCUGGAUACACUGAACCAGCUCCUUUUUAUAUGCCAGAACCGGAUCCAUAUUAUCAAAGUUAUGAACCCACACAAGACAGCCAAUGGGGAAACGAUCCAACUUGGCAACCUACAAAUUUAGCCAUUCCAUUAACUGAGACAGAAGAAGAAAAAGACUUAGGACCAAAGACUAUUCCAACAAUGGUACCACCAAUUUCGAUUCCACCAUUAAUUCCUCCGGCACGAGAAGUACGAACUGAUCGCAAUGAAAAAGAUGCAGAUUCGAUGGGUAGAGAACGGGAACGUGAACGUGACAAAGAUUCAGCUGUACGAGAACGUGAAAGAGACUCUGUAUCUAAAGAAGAUGAAAAAGAUCGUGAUCGUUCACGUUCACAAUAUCGUCAUAAAGAAAGACAUAGACAUCGAUCAAGGUCACGUUCCCGACGACAUAAAUCAAGAUCACGCAGCCCAAGUCGGCGAAAGAAAAAAUCAAGACGUUCCGAUCGAGAAAGAUCUAAAGAAGAAAGUGAAUAAAUGUUAGAUACUCUUGUGAAUUUUUAUUGUAAUUAAUCUCUAAGAAUUAAUGUGAAAAUUUAAGUACUAUUUUAGUAUAAGUAUAAUAAUGUAAACGAGCGUGGCUCAUGCAACACUAUAUUAAAUGAAAAGAAAAUCGAGUUUUAAUCAUUCAUAGUAUUAAAAAU